AUGCAGAGUCUGAGCUCGCGAGCUCACGCCUUCUCGGUGGAGGCGCUGGUGGGGAAGCCCUGCAAGAGGAUGAAGGUGUCCGAGAGUCCUGGACGCGACAGGAGCUGUCUCACCAGUGAAUAUCCCGGCAGUCAGGUGAAGAAGGCAGGUGGAUCCGGUGACCCGCAGCCCCCCAGACCUGAGAGCGAGGACUGUGAGCCGGCCUGCGCGGAAACCGAGCCGCUGGCGUGCGCGUGCAGGCCGGACCGAGAGGUCCGGGUGGAGCUGCAGGGCUCCGAGCUGUGGAAGAGGUUCUACGAGAUCGGAACCGAGAUGAUCAUCACCAAAGCUGGCAGGAGAAUGUUUCCUUCUGUGCGUGUUAAAGUGCGCAACCUGGACCCAUGCCUGCAGUAUUACGUGGCGAUGGACGUGAUGCCCGUGGACUCCAAGCGCUACAGGUAUGUGUACCACAGCUCGCAGUGGAUGGUGGCGGGAAACACAGAUCACUCCUGCAUCUCUCCACGCCUCUACGUGCACCCAGACUCACCGUGCACGGGAGAGACUUGGAUGCGUCAGGUGAUCAGCUUCGACAGGGUCAAACUCACCAACAACGAGAUGGAUGAUAAGGGACAUGUAGGUAACUGCUUCUUCCAGGCUCUGGAGCAGAACUAAAGAGACACGUCUGUCCACAGACUUGAUCAGACACCCCAAACUGGCCCCUCAAAGAUCCGUUUGACAAUGUUGAUCCCUGUUACUCUCCAUCCUGUUGUAAAAGUGUUAACACGUCACCAUCUGACUAACCUGCGUCUCUUCCUGUCUCCUGGCAAGAUCACAAAGCUGAAGAUUGACAGGAACCCCUUCGCAAAGGGCUUCAGAGAUCCAGGCAGAAACAGGGGUGUACUGGAUGGCCUGCUGGACUCGUAUCCCUGGAAAAGCCCUCUCUCCUUGGACUUUAAGCCGUUCACCAUCCAGCUCCAAGGAAGCUCAGACUCCAGCAGCGUCAAAGAUCUGCUGCCGUUCUCCUCGCCUUCGUCUCUUCUUCCGCUCACUGCUCUCUCCUGUUCGGACGCUGCUCUCCACACUCUUGGCCUCCCCUUUUGUAAGAGGAUGUCCCUCACCUCCUCCCUCUCCACUGCAGCACUCCCCGGUCGAGGCUUCUCCUCCAUGGGAAUGGACAGACUGAGAGGCCUCCCCUCGCUGGCUCCACUCACGGACCUCUCGCUCCUCUCGGCGCUGCAGGGGAAGAAGCCUCCUCAUUGCAGGGAGCCAUGUCAUCAAGGCGCUCCCGGGAGUCCACCCUGCUUGAUCCCCCUCCACAGCCCCCUCAGCCCUCAGGGGUCUCCUCUCUUCCCUCAUCUUUCCGACACCACAAGCCCCUUCUGUCUGUACAGCUACAGAUUCCCCCUGAGCCCUCAACUCGCAGUUAUUUCCCGACACUCCAGUCUGUCCGAGGACACCACAGACAGUCUACUGCAGCAGUCUGCGUGGCACUCAACUGCCAACCGCUGCCUUUGACAGCCGAACUGCAGUCCAGAACUCACUGAACACAA